CGAAAUCCCUAGCAAGAAGGGGAAGAGAAUAAAAAGGCACCUCGCUUUUGAAACAGCCGCCGCUGGAGGCUGUUUUACAGAGACUCUUUUGCCACGUUCUAUACCAUUUUCGUAAAUUUUCUACCCAUUAGUCGUUUGCAAGUCCCUUGAUUGUCCUUUAAAUUGCUAAAAAGUCUCGGCCAUUGACACCCAAGAUCACCAUGACUCUUCCCCAGGACAUUCAGAGCUCUGCAGAGGAUUACAUGGAUUCUCAGACUCACAGCAACCGCCCAAUUUCAUCUAUUCUCAUCAUAAUCGCUAUGCAGACCGAAGCGCUUCCUUUGGUGGAGAAGUUUCAGCUCUCCGAAGAUCAUAACUCUGUGUUUCCAAAGGAGGUUCCGUGGGUUCGUUAUCAUGGGGUGUACAAAGAUCUUCAAAUUAAUUUAAUUUGGCCUGGAAAGGAUUCAGCAUUGGGAGUUGAUAGUGUCGGCACGAUUUCUGCUUCGCUCGUAACCUAUGCUUCUAUCCAAGCAUUGCAACCAGACCUGAUCAUCAAUGCAGGCACUGCUGGUGGUUUUAAGGCCAAAGGAGCUAGCAUUGGCGAUGUGUUUCUGGUAUCUGAGUGUGCCUUCCACGACAGACGUAUACCUAUUCCAGUUUUUGAUUUAUAUGGAGUCGGAUUGAAGCAAACACUGAAAACACCGAAUCUUCUCGCGGGACUCGACCUAAAGGUCGGAAAAUUAUCAACUGGUGACUCGCUGGACAUGUCCAUGCAGGAUGAAGCAUCGAUUAUAGCUAACGAUGCCACAGUAAAAGAUAUGGAGGGAGCAGCAGUUGCCUAUGUUGCAGAUAUGUUCAAAGUUCCUGCAAUAUUUGUAAAAGCUGUAACUGAUAUCGUCGAUGGCGAAAAACCAACUGCAGAAGAAUUCUUGCAGAAUUUAGCUACAGUUUCUGCUGCAUUGGAUGAAGCAGUGACACAAGUUAUACAUUUCAUCAGUGGAAAGUGCAUUCAUGAACUGUAAUGUACAAGAGUCGAAUAAUACCCAAGCAUAUAUACUUUUGGAAAUCAUAGUGUACUCUUUUUAUUGUACGUUAAAAUGUCUUUCGGCCUGCUCGAGCAAACAAAUCAAUGUAGCAAGUGAGAUUUGUCUCUUUUUAUAUGUGCUUUCAUGCACUGAGUAUUUGUAAUGUGACUAUGAUGAGGAUGGAUAUCAAACCAUGUCGACUCAA